AUGUCUGCUACCAUGGUAGGGACGACGACUAGAGACAACAUUCACAUUACUGUUCCAGCGGACUACUUGAUUUAUCACCCAGACUCACCGCCAAAUCCAUCCGGGGACACGACGUCGAGGCAGCCGCUGGUCAGCUCUGGCUCACGUGGAAACAACCCGCCUCAUUGGCCAGAUGACCGUCGACGAAUCCCAGACUAUCGCCCAGUGAACAAAAAUCUGGAUCAACAGUCUAGGAGAACGUAUCGCAACGUCGUGGAGAGAGCUUUCAUUGCCAACAUGUUCCGCGGAGUUUCUUUCAACGCUUGGCUUGCUCAGACAUGGCGUGCCACCGGUGGACGAUUCAACUCUAAGAUCUUCCAGUACAAGAUUGGUGGGGAGUGGUAG